GGUAUAGAUAUUGCAUUAAUAUAUAUAUACAAUUAGAGUUUUUAUUAAGAUUAAAUUCAAUAAAAUUUUAAAAGAUUUUAUAUGAAAACAUGUUUUGUAACAGUUAAAAUAAAAUGAAAAUUGAUCAGAUAAAUUUUCCAAACUAGCAAAUAUUGUUUUAACGUCUUUCAAAUGUUCAAAAAGUUUUCUUAGUGAUGAAAUAAAAUGAUUUCAGCUAAUUAAAUGGUUGGUUUAUUUUAACUAGUUUGGAGAAUUUAAAAAAAGUAAUUUUUAGUUUAUUUAUAAAUUUGAAACAAACUCGCUUUGUUUUUACAGAAGUAUCAGUAUUAUUCACACACAACAACAUUGUUUUGGUCUUAAUUAAAUAAUUUCCAAACAGAAUCAAACAAUAAAAGAUCAAUGUACUGAAGAAUUAGUUCAUUUACAGGAAAUUAAAUACCUAAUCUGAACUAAUACUAGAAAUUAUCUUUAUUCAGGAAUAUGCCCAAACAUCAUUUAUGCUAAAUUAAUUUGCAGGAAAUGAUAAAUAUGUAAGCAAUGUUAAUAAAAUGAUUAUUUUAAUGAAAGCAUUUCGGAACUUCAAUAAAAUAUGCAUGCUGUUAAAUAUAACAACAAAUUUAAGUUUGGAGUUUACCCUAAUAAGUGUUUACCUUAAGCACUUUUAGUACCAAACCCAAAAUGGGCUUUGAGCCCAAAAGUGCUCGAGAUAAACAGUUUGUAAGGCUCUUGUGUGUAUGUCUUUAUUUGCAUAAGAGAUUUGCACAGAUAAAUGGUGUACAGGUACAAGUCUCGUAUGUGCCCUUUGGGCUUUGAUGCCUGAAACUACUUAUAUUUAAAAAAAAAAACUUGCAAGUUGAUUUUCGUUACACAUCUUGUCUUCAUCUUUUGUUAUUAAACUAAACUGUGUCAGCUGUAUUUACAACUGGCACAGUUUAGUUUAAAGGCUCUUCUUCCAAAAAAUGAUAAACUAUAAUACACAUUUAAGGAUUAAGACUAAUUUUUGUGAAAUUUAUUAUUGACGACAAAUUUUUUAUUAAUUAACACUAAUUAACGAUCUAUCCUUUGCUUAUUUAGUAAGGCUUGUUGAUUAAUAAAGUAAAAUACGAUGAUAGAGGAAGGUAAUUUAGGUUUUUAAAACGACUAAAAAGUUUCCAUUUUGUAGUUGUAUUUAUAUAUAGAACUGUUAUGACGUUUCUAUGACAACUCGAAUACUCCGAACUAUUUACAGUCCUUGAAAUUGUAACCUUGGUUACUUAAGUAGUAAAACGUAAAAUCCUGUGUAAAUUCGAUAAAUGGAGUAUCCCGAUUGUUACUUAUGCCUACUCCAGGAAACAUUUAGGUUUUUGCAAUACGUUGGAUUAUCUGGGAUAAUCCCUAAUAGAAGUUGCAGGCACGCCAAAUCGAAAAGUUUCCACGAGAGGAGAAUUUGGCAGUUUUUUAUUACCGUCUUCCACAUAAUAAUAACUGUUCACAUGUUAACAUUGAUUAUCUUGUAUUAUGGAUUUAAAAUUAACGUACCCCAUAUGCAAUUCAUUAAAAAAGCGCACGGUCAACCCGGUGAAAUCUUUUCUUUAACAUUAUCCGCGUGUUGCUGCUACAAUGCUUCUCUCCUCACCAUGUUCAACUUCUGGAAGGAUCGAAAAAAGGCCACCGAAACCAUCUCGGAAAUGUGGAAUGAAAAUUCGACACGAUCGAAUAAAGAAUUCAAGAAAAUCUUCCUCGUCCAGAAGAUUAUCUAUCGAGUAAUUACUCCAUCUUUGCAGAUUUUUUGCAUAUUUUGCAUGAUAUUUCUCAUUUAUCGAUGCUAUCACAUAGCUAUCGGCUAUCUUGGUUUGUACGUCACAGGAUUCUACAUAAUAAUAAUUUUUUUGGCUUGCACACAAGGGUUAAAUCUCUUUAUCGGUCAAGUUACUUAUUUCUUCGUUACCACUGAAAUUAUCAGGAAGAAAUUCUCAAGAAUCGUACACGAGCUGCGGGAUCUUCUGAAUAGAAAAUAUGAUUACGAAGAUUUCAAGAGUAUUCAAGCCGAGCACAAUGUAAUAUGCAAAAUGGUCAUAGUUUUAGAUGGUUUCUUCAACAAAUAUAUCUUUCUGGCUUAUUGUCUCUUUCUUCCCGCCAUUUGCUUCAAUACUCAUUUUCUUAUCUUCUCCAAUAGUCUUGGAGAAUUAGCAUUGUCCAUGGGCUAUUCAAAUUGCUUGUUGGUUACAACUGUACUCAUCAUCACUCUUACUUGCGAAGCUCUUACUAACGAGAGUAUACGACCUCGAGAUGUUUUACACGAGUUGGCUUUGUUCGAACUGCAUUCAAAGAUUCGACUUCAGUUAAAUUUAUUUAUGGAAAGAAUCAAUGGAUUUAAAGUUGGAUUUACAUGCUUGGAAUAUUUCGUCGUCACUGGAAACACAUUGAGCAACAUUAUUAGCUUUUUGGCAACGUAUCUGUUAAUGUAUGUACAGUUUAUGAAAGAUUAAGGGAUGAUUACAUACAGAACUUGCACAGAAAUAAAACGGAUUUUUUACAAAAUAGACUUUUCAAAUCGCUCG